CCCCGGUAACAUUUCUGCCGCCGUAUUCAAAGAUAUACUAUUGUUCCAGCGACGUCUGCAAAGCCGAAGCAGGGUACAUUAAGUCGCUUCUCAGUGCAAACAAAAAUCCCUGUGACAACUUUUAUGAGUACGUCUGCGAUGGCUGGAAUAAAAUUCAUCCGGUUCCGGGCGCGGGAGCUGGUGGCGUCCAGUCCGUGGACACAAUGCUGCAGGACAAACUCCUGCUCAGUCUUGAACCCUUGCUUCUGGGCGUUCCGGACACGGACGUCAGAGUAGCCGCCGGUCUCUACGAAAACUGCCUGAGACGGGACCAGGUCGGACAGGAUGGCGACACGGUCGUCGGAGUAGCCCGGCAAUUCUUCCGCGACUGGGUAAUCAAGGAGUGGCCGGUCCUCAAACCUGACGCAGUCACGACUUCGGUGGCGUGGACAUUCGCGGGAGAACUAGUGCGUGACCUCAACGUGGCUGCUUUGACGUCCGUGAGCAUUGGCGUCAGCCCCAAGGCGCUAGAAACCGCGUCUAUCGAACUUGACAACCCUCGGCUGCUCUUCUCCUGUAACGACGCGUCCAGACCUGCCGUGAUACAUUUGUUCAGCGCAGCACUCACGGAGCUCAUGACCAGGUUCUCCGCGGCCUCCAGCAAGAAGAACGUCGAAGAAGUCAUGAGGGUAUUUAUAAGAGUCGGUUCGUCUCCCGCGAUUGCAGCCAGACCGGACAGCGGUCCUCUGUCCUACACGCUGAUCAAGCUCAUUGACCUGGACCACGGCUACACGCAGUUUCUCGAGCGUGUCUUCGGUGGCAUAAUCGCGAUCGACGGCACGACCGAAGUGGUGCUCAAGUCCACCGACUACGUGCGCAACUACUUGACGGAAGCCAUGCAGGAACUGCCGGCGCACGCCGUGGCCAACUACUUGGGCUUCGUGGCGCUCGCAAAGAUGGCGCCUUUCUUCCCAGAAAAGUUCGCCAGUUUCCGGCAGAUUUUCGCCAAGGACGUGCUCGACCGCACCCUGCCGGACGUGUCGCAGACCAAGACGUUUUGCCUGCUGGCGGUUCAGCAGUUGCUGCCGGGCUGCUUCGCCAAGGCGGCCACCCAGCUGCGCGGUAUGUGGGGCGCCGUCCUGCCCCUGUCCGACUGGCUCGCGCGACUGCAGUCUUCGUUCGGCCACCACCACGAUCUGGUUGCCUGGAUCGACGAGUUGUCGGCGCUCGUCGUGCGCUACCGGCUCAAGAGGAACCGCAUGGCGGCUCUGUCUACCGGGUAUUCGGAACCGUGCGCUCCGGCCCCAAACGAGAUACCUCGACGAAGCGAGCACCCGCUGCGCUUCUUCCACCAGGUGUCCAUGCUGCAGGAGCAGAAGCGGCUGCAGGCGAUCCUCAGGAGCGGCCGAGACGUGCUUGCACAGAGCGGCGAGCCGCGCUCCGAACUCGCCACGGUUCCAGACUACGAGGUGAUGCGGCAGUUGGUGCAUGUCUCCAUGGCACUCUUCAAUACAUCUGUGCCGAGCAACGCUACUGUGUUCGCCUUCCACCUGUCCAGGGUGGCCGUGCGCUUGUACCGCGCCCUUGUGCAGCUGCUGUUCCCAAACAUCUACGAGCGGGACGCCCCGAUUACGCUCGGCGACGACGCGAGACGGCAGCUCGAUCGCCUCCUCUCGUGCUUCGAGGACGACCUGCGCCGGCUGCCGGCCUCCGUGCGCGGCCCCGUGUCCAUCGACUCCGCCAAGUCAAGGGGAGCCCUUCUACAGCACGUGGCGGCCGUCAAGCUCGCCCUUCGCGCCUUCGACGACAACUUGAACGUGAGGCGCAUCUGGCGGGUCGACUACCGGUUCCAGGACCUGCCGAACGUCAGCUCGGACGCCCUGUUCUUUAUUUACUACGCGCUGGAUAACUGCGAGUCCGCGGACACCGUCUACGCCGAGCACCGCGGUCAGUGGCUCCCCGCGCACUAUCGCGUCAACGCGGCACUGCGCCACGUCGACGAGUUCGCGCACGAGUUCGGCUGCGCCCCCGCGACCGACAUGGCGUCCGGGACGUCGAUGUGCAACGUCCUGAAGCGGCACUGACGCCCGCGGGCGCGCGCGCUCUGCUGCAACACAAUAGCAUCGAGCUGAGCCACUGUCACACGGAAAUGCGGUACUUUUUAGUGAUAUAUACCCAACCGCGAUCGUAAAGAACAAAGAAGACUGAACGUGACACCGCCACGCGAGAAACUUUAGAGCAAUUGUGUAUAGAUUACAUUAUGUAUAGAACGUACAUAUAAGCCGGAGUGCGGCGCUUUGCGUAUGCUUCGACUGAGAUAUUCUGUAACGCAUUCUG